AUGGAAGAAAGCUUAGCGCUCCACAAUGCGAGGAAGACGCAGGCUGAAGUGACGACCAACCUCAUACGCUUUUUCCCCCAGAUGCUUAGCAUCUACGACGAAGGACUGGGCACCACUCCUUUAGCGAAGAGAGACACUCGGCAGGCGUUGGAUUACAAGGAAAAUCAGGGGAGCCGGGUGUUCCUCAACUAUUUAAGCCUGCACCUGGGGGAACUUCAAGCCAAACUGAGCGACCACCCCGGGUGCAGCUGGUAA